AUGCAAUUUACCAUCAUUAAAAAUUGUACCGUUCAAAUCCACCAGAAAAUUCCCAUUACCCAACAUUUCUUUCAUUCUUCAUACGAUAAUUACACAAAGCUCAUCAAUGCAUGCAUUCAGAAUCGGGCCCUGCAAUCAGGAAGAGCUUUGCACGCUCAACUCGUAAUUAACGGGUUGGUUCAUUCCACUCACUUUGCUUCCAAGCUCAUAGCAUUCUACACCCGAUUCAAACAGCUGGGGCCUGCUCUGAAGCUGUUUGAUAAAAUUCCUAAAUCAAAUAAACGUGGUUGGGUUGCUCUUAUAGGAUCCUAUGCUCGCCAUGGGUUUUAUGAAGAGACUAUGUCUAUGUUUUUCAAAAUGCAGAUGGAAGGAUUAAGAUAUGAUAAAAUUGUUCUCCCCAGUGUUCUUAAAGCCUGUGGACACCUCUCUGAUUGGAAUACUGGAGAGAAGUUACAUGCUGUUGUUUUGAGAAAUGAGUUUGAAUCUGAUGCAUUUGUGAUGAGUGCACUGAUUGAUAUGUACUCAAAAUGUACGAUGGUUGAGAAGGCAAAAAGGGUGUUUGAUUGCAUGGUGGAAAUAGAUUUGGUGGCUUUGAACGCUAUGGUUUCUGGGUAUGUUCUAAAUGGUGUGAUUACAGAAGCAUUGGGUUUGGUUGAGGAAAUGAAAAUAUUGGGAAUGAAGCCUGAUGUUGUGACGUGGAAUACGUUGAUUGCAGGGUUUUCACGAGCAAAAGAUAAAUUGGCGGUUGAAAAAAUCUUCAGAAUUAUGGAUGAUGAGGGGGUUAAACUUGAUGUGGUGUCUUGGACAUCAGUAAUCACUGGUUCGGUACAAAACUUUGAGCACAAGGAGGCAUUUCUCACUUUUCGACAAAUGUUGAGUGUUGGGUUGUGUCCGACUUCAGAGACAAUUAGUGGUAUUUUGCCUGCUGCUGCAAAUAUAGCAGAUCUGAGGCGUGUUUUGAAGCUAAAUCAAGUCCGGAUUGUACCGUGGACAUGUACUUCAACAGAAACCUUCCACAUGGCUAGCAUUCUCUAUCGCACAACAGAAUCGUCAAUCUCAAUGGUUUCUGUUGUGAGAAGUGUUCCAAUGGUAGCAUGCAAGGAUGUAACUCUAUUAUAA